AUGAGGACUGCGUGGGGUGUGGCUGAGCGCCUCGUCAGGACCGGGUGCAGAUUCUGGCUCUUGGGACUCUGCAAGGUCCUCGCCCCACUGCAAGCUGCCUGGGAUGCCUUCUCCCGGCCUGUUCCAGCCAGCUGUGGCCAGCUGCUGACCCAGCUCCUCCUGUGUUGCUCCCUCGCUGUGGCUGUCGCUGGUCUGGCCCAUCACUGGCUAGUGACCUUGUUGUUUUACCCUGUGAGACCCUCAGCUAUUGUGGCUACUGUGUGUGGCCUCCUGAUUUUCCUGAUCUUGAGUCUGCUACACCCAGUCCGCUGCCUGUUUGCUCUCGGUAUACCCACACUUGGCACAGAGCAGGGCCGCCGGCUGCUCUUGUCCUACAGUGCAGCCACCCUGGCCACUGCUGUGGUGCCAAAUGUCUUGGCCAACGUGGGUGCAGUUGGGCAGGUGUUAAGGUGCAUCACUGAGGGCUCCCUGGAGAGUCUGCUCAAUACCACCUACCAGCUGCAUGUAGCAUCCAAGGACCUGGGCUCUGUGGGUCACGCGGACAGCCGGGGCCUGACCUUGGAGGUCCAGGGCAGGGACUCUGUCUUCUGGCUUCACGUGCUCAGGGUCACUCAGCAACUCCUGGAUGACUUCUCUGGCCUCGAGUCCCUGGCCCGCAGGAUAACGCUGGGGAUCCAGCGGGCAGUCACCGGGCUGUUCGUUCUCGGCCUUCUGGUGGACUCAGCCUGGUAUCUCCAUCAUUACCUGACUGACCUGCGGUUCGACAACAUCUACGCCACCCGGCAGCUGACUCGCCAGCUGGCACAGACCGGGGCCAUGCACCUGCUAAGCCCUGCACCCAGCUGGCUGCUGUGGGCCGUGAGACCGAAGUUGUCACAGGAGGAACUACUGCGCUGUGUUCUGAGGCUGGGACUCCUCGCCCUGCUCCUGGUGGCUACAGCCGUGACGGUGGCCACCGACUAUGUGGCCUUCCUCCUGGCACAGGUGGCUGUGGAAUGGGCCCAGAAAUUGCCCCCUGUGCCCAUCACACUCUCAGUCAACUACGAUGCAGCCUACACCAUCCUGAGCUUCAUCCCCUUCCUCUUGGACCGACGGUCUCCGGAGAGCCCCUGGUACUCCACCCACCGCGCCUACCGCUGGGAGCUGCGCCUCACCUCGCGCACCUGUCGCCUGCUGCCCGCGCAGCGGCCCCGCGUGGCUGGCGCUCUGGCGGCGGGGACGCUGCAGCUGCUGGCCGGCUGCACGGUGCUGCUGGACGCCUACGCGCGGCGCCUGCGGCACUCCACGGCCGCGGCCUUCUACGCCGGACAGGAGGCCAAGAGGGCCCGUCACCUCCACGCCCGCCUACAGCGCAGCUACGACCGGCGCCGAGGCCAGAACCUGCCCCCGCAGCCUGCUUCCGACUCCUGA